AUGUCCUCCUCGUCGUUGCAGUCGUUCUCCGUCCCAACGUCGCCAGCGAUGACCCGCUCGUCAAAAACACAACCAGUGACCCCUCAGCGACUCCCACGACAUCAACACCGACAUUCCCAAUCUGCCUACAGGUCACCAUUGACGCCCUCAAGCCCCUACACUCCUCUCAGUUUUCGCUCUGCGGGAUCGACAGGCAGUUCCACGCUCACUACACCAGACAACAUGGCUAUGAUUCUCAAAAAGCGCCUUUUUCCUGCUGGCUCUCCAGAGGUUCAGCGCACUGCCACCAUUCUGACUGAUGGUCAGGACAAGAGUCUUGCGGAUAUUGCAGACAACUGGAGAUCUCGUGCAAACGAAAAUGGCAUCAAAGUAUCGUCUUAUCGGGCUCAGGAUGAUUCUCACUAUGGAGACGACGAAGGCAGCGAGAUGACCAUGUCCGAUGCAAAUGAUUCAGGGCUCGUCUCCACAGAAGAAGCCCUUCUUCCACCGCCUUUCCUUUCCUAUCACCGGCGUGCUAGCAGUGCCAUCGUAACGCGCCCUCGUGCCCAAUCGCACGCGUCCCUUCCAAGCGCCCGUUGUCAAACGCUUUCCCCUACUGUUCCUCGCUCUGUGAAUCGCGCACAAUCCCCCACAUCCCCAACCGUUCCCCGUCGCACGCUCUCUUCCCUUAACCAGCCGUUAAACCUCAUGUCCACGCCUCCUCCGAAUCGGACCCUAGCUAGACAACUCAAGUUGAAGGGUAGCUUCACCGAUCCUGCUCAACCCAGGAGGCGAGAGGCUCUUGGCCCAGUCCCCACACCUCCUCGCAAUACUGGCCACCGCAAUUCGAGGAUAAAUUUGAGCCUUAAUCACGACACCUCUCUUGACUUGUUUGACAUUGACGAAAACGAUUUUGAAUAUGAAUACGACUAUCAGCAGACUCGUCAAACUGAAGACGAUUCCUUCUCUCUCGAUCUUCAAGCCCACACUGCGAACACGUUUGCAUACCCGACCUACACUCAUCAAGCCUUUCCCACUCAGUCCCCCUUUGCAGAUCCCUUUCAGCCAUCCGGGUUUGGUAUGGGGUUGGGUAAUAGCCAUGUGCUGAGUAGCAUUUCCGAAAGCAUUGAGCACCACUUCAACGCCGCUCAGCAACAAGGUUAUCAGGCAGACCCCUCCCGGGGAGGUUUUUGCGCAUACGGAUCCGAUGUUCCCGUCCAACGCGAGCAUCAAGUUUAUCCUCAGCCUGCCUAUGUACCACUACCGCCUGUUCCCGGGCGUCCUUUCCAAUACGUCUCUGCCCCUGUGCCAGAGCGACCUUUCAGCACCGCCAAGGACUUGGCAAUCAAAAGGAACCCAUCUCCACCUACCACUUCCCCAGCUUCAAACCCAUCCGUCGAUCCCCAUUCUGAGUGUUUGGUCUGCCUCGCUCCUCAUCCUUCCACCCUUGCCAUUUUACAACCCUGUCUCCAUCCCUUGUGCUCGACAUGCUUGACCAGCGCUCUCAACAUUGUAGGCGAGAAAGACAUGGAGUGCGCCGUGUGCAAGCGAGCCGUUGCAGAUUUCAAGCUGGUCAUUGGGUCUGGGAAAGCCUCACCUGGAGGCCAGCUUGAUUCUUCCUUUGGAACAGCGAACAGGAAAACGACGACCACCAAGAAAGCGCACAAUAUAAAGGGCCAAAACGAUUUGAAGGGGAAAUCUUUCAUGGAUCCUCUAUUUUCGUCUCCUGGCAGCGCAAUUACCCACGACACUGCGAGUUCAAGCGGAGAAAGUGACCUCGACAGCGCAUUCGAGUUUGGGCUUAACUUUGGGGAAUUGCGGGCAAGUACGCCAAAAUUCGAACAACAACAGCAACACCUUUCACCCGAUCUGAGCAACCAGAGUAUCAAUGGAGGUAGGGGCGAGAAGAAGGGGGACAGUAAUGCCGUACUGCGGAUCGACAAUGUUCCUUGGGACAUAACGCCUCUCCAAAUUAAAAGGUGGCUCCAGCAACCCGUUGAACGGGUCCACGUCCUAUUAGACCCCAAGGGUAAGACGCUCAGCCAUGCUUACGUCGAGGUCAAGACUGCCGGAAUUGCGGGCGCCAUUCUGAGGGGAGAGGCUAUUGCUGCGAACGGCAGUAAGAAGGAGAGAGGAAGUGUCCUAGGCAGGGGCAGGCGAGCCAGAGGCGUCACGGUCACUCGUAGUGGUCAGGAGGAGCUCAUGGCUGAUCUCUUCCCCAGCUGGCGUGGUUCUUUUGAUGGUUCACGCCCUUCCCUCGCCGGCCUUGAGGCUGAUAAGAUCAUCAUGGCCUUGGGGGGCGGCCUUCUCACGGAGAAUGAGGUGUCUGGAUUGCUGUACCUCAUUCGGGAACCUGACAUCAAGUCCCACUUCCUCAAAGUUCCUGCGCUUCCCUUCCACUCUCUAUUGAGCUUGUUGAGUAAGUUCCCCUCGGACGUGGAUAGUCGGGUCUUUUGGUCUUCUGGUGUGAGGGAUAUUCUGUAUGGUGAGGACCCUUUACCACCUUCGCAACUCAACCCCCUUGCUGACUUUUGCUCUGUGUUAGACGUUACCUAUGCCGCCGUUCAAGUCCUCCUUCCACGCGUAGAGAAAGCGAAACAACAAAACAACCCAGACGAGGAAUACUCGAUGGACCUCGUAACGGAUCUCGUCAAAACAGCAAUGGACUGCCGAGCAUUCACCGCGCAGCAGAUCCGAAAAUUUGCAGAUCUGUUGGAAGCAUGUUCGCUCCCAGUACCUGUACCCUCCUUCGUUUCGGGCUCCAGCGUUUCGGACUCCACUUCACGUUCAAGCGCCCCUCGUACGCCAGCCAAUCGCGACUUUGACGGUUCUCAAGCAAUGCAUCCCAACUCGAAUGGGACGCCUCCCCAACGAAACAGUCAACCCUUUGGCGACAUUGCCAGAGAGUUUGGGGUCGAAGCCCAGCUUGUUGAAGCUCUUGUGCAACGACUGGCAAGCCUCUCCUGA